AUGGGCCUGCUCAAGUUCGUCGUGUUUAAACAGCCUGCCCAGGGCCCUGGUGAUGUCUUGGUGCAGCUGCCCCUUGAGCUAGCCAAGAUUCCUACUGCUAGAUAUGACGGCGACGCCCUCAAAGCCUUUGACCAGGCUGGCCCGCUUGAGUUGGAAAAGUCCGACGACCCGGAAGGACCGCCGAUCAUCUUGCGGAAAUGGAAAACUACGAGGCCGACACAUGGCGACGCCAUCAUUUUGGCGACAGCUCUGCCCAGAGCUGUCGGGCUCGACACGAAGACUGGCCCGGCCUUUGACCUGCGCGCUGACAACGGCGGCAUCGUUGGCACUGGCUACGCCUUCCUUCCGCUGCCUGAAGACGGAGAGAGUAAGCUCAUUAUCUCUGUUGACUUUGACUUGCGUUACUCUCCGGAAGGAUUUCGCGGCGUCUUCACGCACUCCCCAUCAGAUCGAUCCACAGCACGGCUAACUGCAAAGCCAUCGAUCCUCCACCAAUCGUUCUACAUGAUAGGGCACAUUAAGUGCUUGAAAGACUACGAAACCAGUCAUGGCACGGCAGCUUCUCCAAGAUCGGGAAACCUGUUCAACAUAUACUGGCAAAGCGAGCUGCCAUUCGACAUCCUCAAGUCUUCUGAGGAGUCAUAUCGCAUCUUCUUUCGAGAAGACCCCUACUACGUUGUCCGCAGCGGCCUCGCCCAACCCGGAGCCUUUCUUAGCUCCUUUGGCCUCAUGCUUAAAAAAGCUCAUUGGGCCCUCGACUCCUUCACCACACUCUUCGCCCACGAGAUGACGCAUAACUUUGCGCAGCUUGCCGAGGGCGACGACAUUUCUAACGCUGCGCAGUGGCAUGCUGAGGGUCUGGCGGAGUAUUACUCCAUCUUCGCACGCUACCGACUAGGCUUGCUCGACGAGCAUGGCGUCGUCGACGAGAUGAACUACCGAGCCCAGGCGUACUACACUAGCCCCUUGGCAGCAUUGUCAAACGAAGAGGUGAAUAAGCUCACGUGGAAGACGCAAAACGCCCAGCGCUUGCCGUACUCGCGAGGUCUCGUCUUCUGGGUCCGCCUCGAGGCGCUUAUCCGCGAAGCGUCUGGUGGGGGUCGCGGCAUUGACGAGUUGAUUGUGGCGAUGGUGCAACUUUCCAGAAAUCGUGGAAAGGGCCCGACCCUCGCCGAAUUCCUUGAGCGGCUAGGCCAGGAUCUCGGUCCUAUAGCUCGCCAGGAAUAUGAGCACCAUAACUCUGGCAAGCUGAUCAUUCCCCCUGAGCACAGUCUGAUACCCGGAACUGUUGCCGUCCGUAUUGACAUGGAGCCGUUUGACCUUGGCUUUGACGAGGAAAGUGUGUUACGGGGACCUAGAAUUGUGAGAGGUCUGCGAUCAGACUCGAGGGCUGCUAAAGCUGGCGUUCUGGACGGCGACCUCAUCACCUCUUGGACAGAUCUGAACCAGUGCAAGGACCACCUCGAGGUUAAGAUGGAGCUGAGGAUAGAAAGGAGGACAGCAGGUUCAGAGGAACCUCAGGAGCUUGACAUCGCGUUCUGGCCCCAGGCGUACACGACGGUCGAGGGCUGGGGUUGGAAGUUGGUGGGUGGAAAGAACUGA